CCAUAAUUUGGAUUGUUUGGGAAAUCUAGUUCAACAGUGUGAAAACAGCAAAUCCCCAUAAGGGGGAGUCUCAUGAAUAGAGUUUUGCUUUUUUUCCCCCCUCCCUUUUCCUCUCUCCACUUGAUAGUAGAGUGACUUAAUACCGAGUAUCUGGGCUACCAUUAAGGGACUUGGAGAAAACAGAUUAACAGGUAAGAAAUGAGCUAUGUUAAUGGAAUGUGCAUUAAAAAGAAGCAAAGUGGUCCUUUUAGACAAAGUCUAAGAAAGGAGGUUAUACUGUUUUCAUGUGUUAUGCCUACAUAUAAUUUGUAUGAAAAUGAAAAUUUAUUACUUGUUUUAACAUCUUUUUUUUUACAAUAAUUACGGGCUUGCUGUGCUAUGGAAGUGACCUAAUAGUUACAAUUGUGACCUCUAAGUUAUUGUUAAUUUUACUGUCAGUAUGUGCUUCACAUCUCCUACUUAAUGGUAUGCUAAUUGUACAGCAGGAUGUCACAUUCUCCAACAUACAGAUUCCCUAUUUCAAUUACAGCUAAGUAAAUCUCCAUUACUAAUGAGUAAGCAUUUCUUUUCCAUGUACAUUUGCAUUAUAAUGGACAUUUUCUUUGUGCACUAAAAUUAUUCUUUCCUUGACAACAACUAUGUAUUUUAUUUUACAGUAAAGGCUACGACAUGGUGAUUCAUUCCUUUUGUUGGGUUUAUCUGUAUUUAAAUUGUCAAAUGUUCUGGAUAGCCUGACAUUUUCUAUCCCAUGUUAUUUUUCUGUACUUCCAGAAUAAAUGUAUGUAUUUGCUUUAAGACAGCCUACUUAAGACAAAUGACAAAGAAAAGUAAGCUUACGUGCCGGUCAUAAAUUAAGAUGUACUUUUGAAAUUGUUGCAGUACUUCACUCACGUCGCUGAGAAAUCUCAGCUAUUUAUGUCAGUGCAAAGUGACCUUUAUGAUGUAAUGUUUGACGGAUUUGGGUAUAAAGAACAAGUGACCACAUGUGGCCCGUAUGAUUGCAAGGUCCCGCUCUGCCUAACAGAGCGUGGCUCUUUGGCUAUUACACACAGUCCCCCGAGCUCAUUUGCUGCCCUGCUGAUGCAUAGAUCCACGAAUGCAGCGGGCAGCUGGGCAGAAUGAAGGGGGAAGGCCUCCUGUUGGAUCUGAGUUACCCAGCUUUGCUGCCAAACCCGCUCCCUCUCGGGGCCAGUCACUGGUGCCGCUGAACUUGGGCAGCCGGCAGAGGAUUCCCUUUGUCUGCCGGCACAGUGACCCAGGAGACCCUCCCUGCCCUGCGCCGGGAAACUGAGUCCCUGUGGCGGAGAUCCUUCCUUCGGUCUGCAUGGCCCGGGGAAAAUGUGUCACCUUUUAUACACAAAUAAGGACUGCCUACGGUAUGCAGCCUUUUUCCCAGACAGCAGCAAAAAACAAGGACUGGGAAACAGAAAAUCAUGACUGGUAUUGUUUUGAAUGCCAUUUGCCUGGAGAGGUGUUGAUAUGUGACCUGUGUUUUCGUGUGUAUCAUUCCAAGUGUUUGUCUGAUGAGUUCAGGCUUAGAGACAGCAGUAGUCACUGGCAGUGCCCAGUUUGCAGGAGUAUCAAGAAGAAGAACACAAGUAAACAGGAGAUGAGCACAUACCUGCGAUUCAUAGUGUCUCGUAUGAAGGAGCGGGCUAUAGAUCUAAACAAGAAAGGGAAGGACAACAAACAUCCAAUGUACCGAAGGCUGGUGCACUCAGCUGUUGAUGUUCCUACUAUACAGGAGAAAGUAAAUGAAGGAAAGUACAGGAGUUAUGAGGAGUUCAAAGCAGAUGCUCAACUGCUUCUACACAACACAGUGAUUUUCUAUGGAGCGGACAGUGAACAAGCUGAUAUAGCAAGGAUGCUCUACAAAGACACCUGCCAUGAACUGGAUGAACUGCAGCUUUGCAAGAACUGUUUCUAUUUGUCAAAUGCGCGACCUGACAAUUGGUUCUGCUAUCCUUGUAUACCUAAUCACGAGUUGGUUUGGGCCAAAAUGAAAGGCUUUGGGUUUUGGCCAGCCAAAGUCAUGCAGAAAGAGGACAAUCAAGUUGAUGUUCGCUUUUUUGGCCAUCACCACCAAAGGGCCUGGAUCCCCUCUGAAAACAUUCAAGACAUCACAGUUAACAUCCACCGGCUGCACGUGAAACGCAGUAUGGGAUGGAAGAAGGCCUGUGAUGAACUGGAACUGCACCAGCGUUUUCUUCGUGAGGGGAGAUUCUGGAAAUCAAAGAAUGAGGACAAAGGGGAGGAGGAGGCAGAGUCGAGUAUCUCUUCCACUAGCAAUGAGCAACUGAAGGUUACUCAGGAACCAAGAGCAAAGAAAGGACGACGUAACCAGAGUAUGGAACUCAAGAAAGAAGAGCCAGAACCUGAAACUGAAGCAGUAAGUUCAAGCCAGGAAAUUCCCACAAUGCCUCAGCCCAUUGAAAAAGUUUCAGUCUCAACUCAGACCAAGAAGUUAAGUGCCUCUUCUCCAAAAAUGCUGCAUCGGAGCACCCAGACCAGUAACGAUGGAGUGUGUCAGAACAUGUGCCAUGACAAAUACACCAAAAUCUUUAACGAUUUCAAGGACAGGAUGAAAGCUGAUCACAAAAGAGAAACUGAGAGAGUUGUGCGAGAGGCAGUGGAAAAGCUGCGUACAGAGAUGGAAGAAGAGAAAAGGCAGGCUGUAAAUAAAGCUGUGGCCAAUGCACAAGGAGAGAUGGACAGAAAAUGUAAGCAGGUAAAGGAGAAGUGCAAAGAAGAAUUUUUAGAAGAAAUUAAGAAACUAGCAGGUCAGCACAAGCAACUGAUUUCCCAGACCAAGAAGAAGCAGUGGUGCUACAACUGUGAAGAGGAGGCCAUGUACCACUGCUGCUGGAACACUUCCUACUGCUCCAUCAAGUGUCAGCAGGAGCACUGGCAUGCCGAACACAAACGUACCUGCCGCAGGAAAAGAUGAAAGAGUUACUUCUCCCCUAGAGCGCCACCCCAAUGAUUGCUAUUCUCAGACAGAGCGGUUUUUGUUUCAGAAAAAAUAAAAAUAAAAAAAGCCAAAAUUGUUUAGAAUUUGUUUCCCAUUUUGCACCAGCCUUUAAACACUUUUCGUAAAAGAAAUUUUGCACAGUUAUUUCAGUCUUCUGUUAAAAAUGCUCCUCCAAAAUGUUGUCAGCAAAAUUAAUUGAACAUCUGUGGGAGCAGGUUACUUCAAAUAAUUUUAAACUAGAGGAUUUAUUGCAUUUUCAGCAAAUUUUAAGACAUUUUUAGGUUUUGCAGGGAUUUUAAUCUUUAAAAGCAGCAGAUCUAAAAACAAAAAAAAGAUGAAAGUUUAACAAAGAGGAACAUUUAAAAACUAGUUCUGAAUGUAAGAAGUACAGAACUGUUUCAGAAAAUCAAAGCAUACUACCUUGAUGUAACAUUUAUUUCUUAACCUUGUUGAGCUGGUUUUGUUCAGCUUAAUUUUACUGUUUAAAGGCAUUAUCUAUUGGUUAUACCAGUGGGUACAUGAUUGAAUUUAGGGAACAGGGUUAACACAGCAGGUGCUAGUCCUGCGUAUUUUUUCUUAAAUAUUUCCCAACUGUGUUUUAUUUUCAUUAUUUCUUUUCAAUAUAUAACUUUUAUAACAAAAUAUUAGCUUUGAUCUUGUAGCUUAAAAUCACAGGGAACUGGGGUAAUCUUUUACUGAGCUGGAUCUUAGAGAAAAAUGAAUAUUUAAAUUUUGAAGUUUGCACAUUUCAUCUUUGUUCUAACAUGAGUGCUUAUAACAAGAAUAAGAAAAGCCAAAAAAAUUAAAAAAAAAAAAACAACAGACAAACAAAAAAACCAACUACCUUUAUUCAUACUCGGAAUUUUGAGGCAUACAAAUUACUUUAUUGCUCCCCCUUUCAGCCUCCCCAAUUCAAUGUCAUUUGACCACCUCUGAUCUGGUGUCACCUGGUCCAUUGUAACUGAUAAUAAAAGGAGAAAAAGCACUUAAGUUUCACAGAAGCCGUUAUGUUUGUAGUAAUGGGUCAUUGCCUAAUAAUGAGCUCCAUCACUGUACUCAGAAUGAAGAAUAAUGCAUGUUAAUUUUCUUGUAUUAAAGAUGCCGUGAUUUGUAAAAAGUCUGUAUUUUGCGGAAUGUCUGGAUUAAGAAGCAUUACCAAUAGGAAUGGAUCGAUAGUUGAAAAAUUAUUUUCUUUUUUGUUUGUUUUAUAUAUAGAUAUAUUAAUUGCAUCCAUGUUCAGAGACAAUUUUUUAAAUAGAUGUAAAGCUUACUUAAAUAGCUUUUCUUUUAAAGUGUCUCCACAUCUUAGUUUCUUUCAAAGAUUGGUCUUAGACUGAGUCAUUUGCCCAUUAAUCAUCCAGCUAUUUUUUGAGGAGUUAGAGGAAUAAUUUGUAAAUAUUUAUUUAGAUCUUUGAUAUUUAUUGAAAGCAAUUACAUGAUGGAACGAUGGAAGCUGAAGAAUAAGGAGGAAAGCCUUUUUAAAAAGUUUUCUCUAAGAUUUGUCAGGGUCAUUGUAAAGACAAAAAUAUAACUAAGACUUCUGUGAACUACCACUGAACUCCUGACCUUUUUUACUUACAGUGGUGAUAUAAGUUAAUUGACUAGAUACUGCCAAAUAAUGCCCAAUAUGUUGCAGAAAUUAAAUGGUAAGUUGAUUGGAAAAAAUAGUAAGUAGAUGGUAACUUGUAUUACCACAGCUACAUUAUUGCCUGAUAAAUGUGUAAUUAACUUUUGUCGCCUCUGUGUUGUGACUGUAAAACACUUCACAACUAAAAAUCAAUCUUGUUCGAUUACUUUACAAGUUCCAAAACUUCGAUCCACCCCUAUGAAAGCAAGUAUUGUGGAAAUAUUUUUGGUGUAAAAUCAUUCCAGAAUAUGUAAUAUUUAACUGAUAGCUGCAUGAAAGUAAGAUUCGUGUUACUUUGGCUUUUUUGUCUCUGUUGACACGGUUGCACAUUUCCAAGUUACUACAGCGUGAAAACUGUGUGUUUUAAAGAAAAAAAAAAAGAAAAAAAAAAACACAAAAAAAAAAACCAAACAAAAAAAAAAGAUUGUGGCCUGGUUUUGUAUAAGUUUUAGGUAAAAUUACAAUUGAUUGUUUUAGGAACCAUGACUUAAAAUUAAUUUUUCUGCAAAUCAUAAAGCUAUAUUAAAGUGUUGAGCUUAGCCACUAUGCACAUUGUAAUUAUUCAUUGUGGCUGUCCAGUUUAUGAUGCAUUCUGGCAUUUUGUAAGCUGCUCUGACUAGCAAUAUAUAGAGUCAUUUAAUGUGUUAACAUUGGUUAAUAAAUGUAUUUAAAAAAAUC